AAAUUAACUGUUACUAGAUUCGAACAUCCAUCCGCAUGAGACCCGACUCAGUGAGUCGGCAACGCUUCUUCUUUCUUCUUCCAAAACCGCUCCAUUUUCUUCCACACCAGAAACCGUAAUACCGAACGAAACCUGCAAAAUGGAGUCCAAAACAUCUCGUGCUCAUCUUAAACGCCGGUUUAUCGAAGAUGAAGACGACGGCGACAACAAACAACCUGCGAAGAAGAGGGUGAGAUUUCCUAAGGGCAAGAAGCUGAAGCCAGGGGAACAGCAUAAUGCUGAAGUUGGUUCAAGUAAGUUGACAGAUCCCCGGCUUGCUGCUAAGGAACGUGCUAGACAUCGCAGGCAAUCCAAUCUUGAAACUGAAGAAGUUGAGAUCACUACUGCUGAAGUCGCGUAUGAGGAUAAUGAGAAUUUUGUUGAGGAUGGGAUUCAAAUGGAACCUUUCAAUCUUAACAAAGAAAGGGAAGAAGGUUAUUUUGAUGAAGGAGGAAACUUCGUUGAAUAUGUCAAUGAAGAUGAUCUCAAGGAUGCAUGGCUUGAUAGUGUUGAAGCUGAGUCAAAAGUUGCUGGAACAGUAUUCAAAGUAUCAAACAAUGAAGACAACCAUGAAGAUGCUACACAGGACCUUUCAGCUGAAGACAUUGGAGUGAUAAAGAGGCGUAUUGCCAAUGUGCUUGAGCCUGGAGAAACAGUUCUACAAGGUUUGAGAAGAUUGAAGGGAACUUCAAAUAACAGGAAGGAGAAAAUGUCUGCUGAAACAAAGCAUGUGUUUGACCAGCUAACUGAGGAUGCUAUGAAGUUGAUGGAAAAUGGUGAAUACAAUGUGUAUCAUGAGAGACAGGAGGUUUUUGAGCGUGAGGCAGAAGGAUAUGAGAACUUAGCUAAGGUCAGAGGGAAUGGCAUAUCUGCAGAUUCUGGGGAGAAACAUUCUAAUGCCAACUUGGGAAAUGAGAUAUUCUCAGAAACUCAUCCAGGAGUAGCCUCAUUUGGUGUCCAUGAUGCAUCUGUUGGUACCUCACAUUCAAAUUCAACUGCUGCAGACAUUUCAAAUAAUGAUGCUGAAGCAUAUGAUAUGUUUGCGGAUGAUGAUGAAGAAGAUGUUAAACCAACAUCUGAGCCUAAUUUAAAUGCAGUCAGUCAAGCAUCAUCAAAUGUUGAAAAGACAGUGCUUGAAACCGGAGAUAUGCAAAAUGAUUAUGCUUAUGAUGAGUCUUCUGGGUACUAUUACAGCAGCAGUUUGGGAUAUUAUUAUGACCCAUCCACAGCACUUUAUUGCUCGGCAGCAUCAGGCCUUUGGUAUUCCUACAAUGAAAAGACUGGCACAUAUGAGGAAGUUCAUGAGGUUGCAUCAGGUAUGAAUUAAUAUUCAACUUCUCGUUUGAGGACUUUGUAAAGGGGCUAAAACCCAAGAUUGUGUUGUCAUUGUGAAACGGAGUUAUAAGUAGGUUUCAUAUGGCUGCUUUCUUGCCAGUUUAUUGUCAAGACAAAAUGAUAAUAUAGGAGACAAAAUGAGUUGGAGUUGGUUAGUAUGCCAGCCUUCCUCUUUUUCUUUUUCAUAAUUGGAAAACGAACCUUUUAUGUGAAUGAAGACGACUAGAAUUCAGCACUCUUGAGUCUUGACAUUUUACAUCUUCACACGUCUCCUUAGAUUGAUUUACUUCAUAAAAUUUCCUUGAUUGGGAUAAGCUGCACAAUGAUGAAGACCACUAGGCUAAAUUCACAAGGGCGACCAUAGGCCGAAUUGCAUAGCAACCCUUUAUCCAUCAUAAUGCAUUCAUUAAACCCGUAUUUUCUUUCUUUUUUCCUUUUUCUUUUUUUGAAUUUUAAAUUGCACAAGGAGGCUUUCUUCUCUCAUCUCUUUGUUAUUUUCACAUGCUGUCACUCAACUUAAAUUCAAAAUGUUUUACUUGUAUUAAAAGAGGAUUACAAUUGGAUCUUGGCCCUUGCUUAAUUAAUUAGGUCUCUUCGCCAAGGAAGCUCUUAUUUAAAAAUGAAAUAUUAUGUUUCUCAAAUAAUGGAUCCGAUCCUAUGCUCUAUUCUCUUAAAAUCUGAAUGUAAGAAAGUAAAAUGGUUUGAUUUGUAGUAAAGGUCUUCUACUAGUCUUCUGAUAUAAGGCGUGAAUGGUGUGACAUAUUAACCUUGUGGAGAGGUUGCACACUUGAGAGAUGAUUUACAUCCUAGCACAUUUGGAAUAAAUUUGAACACAACGACCCCCCUAAAAAAAGGGGGAAAUGUGGGUUUUUC